UUCAACCAUUAUGUCCCCGCUACUUGACGGUAUGCCAUAGCCGGCAAACAUCAGAUCAUCUUUCAUUGUACCAUAUUCUUCCUGGCGCGUGCUCCAGGAUUUCCCCUCCUUUAGGUGGCGGCUGGUACCCACCAAACAACUACCCCGAGCUUCCUCCCUCCCUCUGGUCUUGCAUGCGCGCGCCCACCCAUUUCCGCAUGGGAACCUCCCAACCGCCGCCAUGCCAUCAGACAUCCAGGUCUUUGUGACGUGGAAAGACCAAACGAUCUUUGCGGGAGAAGAUGUGGAAUGCACUAUUACCUUCAAGAACGUUGCGGAGACGAACGUGGAACCUCAUCAUGGUGGUCCGACUUCACAUCACAGACAAACCUCUCGAGCUACAAGCACCCACUCCGAGUCAUUGUUUUCUCUGAAAUCUCCUCAUAAAUUCUUCUUCGGCCCACACCGCCGCUCCGUCUCCACGAUACCCAAGAAAAGCCCGUCGCACCGCCUGUCUUCCUCGGUGAGCUCGCCGUUGAUCGGUUCGCACAGCUUCCCGCCUCCUUCAACUCCCCGCAAUGGCUCGGUCGCUAGUGGCAAGCACAAACGAUCGGUUUCUAUACUUUCGAUUGAUAGUGAAGGGACUGGGGAGCCGACGCCCCGAACUUCGUCACAGUUCAACCGACCCCGACCAGUAAGGGGUCAUGGGCGCGCGGCAAGUUUACAGGUCCUGCCAAGAAGAUAUGAAGCUUAUGAGGACCAACACGCAAAAGGUGGACGCAGUCCUGCUCGCACAUUCCCACUCCCCGAGUCUUCGAUCCAUUCAUCCCCAGGAAACCCCAGGAUUGACAUCGACGGUCCGAAUGACACCAGCCGUCGUGGCUCGAACAUCUAUAGUCCUAAUCGUUCAAAUGAGCCACCUCGUACUCAUGCGCGUCGGCCCCCAUUAUCACCGAUAGAAUUCAAAUUUCCGCCAUCUCCGGCAGUUGACACAAAUAUCCAUACAGGUGUUCCAAGUUUAACAUCACCGAUUGAAGAGAACCCCACAGAGUCCAGGCCUAAUGGGAAGGACCUACCCACUUUAGUGGCACCAGGACAUCUGCCGCAGCUCACCAAGAUCAUGUCAACGUCCAGCCUGGCUGGAAGUCACCGAAGCAGUGGAGAUUUCAACUCGAUCAGCGACAACUCCUCAGAAACUCUUCAAUCUGAGUACACAAACUAUUCCAUGCCAGUGCCGCGUCCACCUCUUGUCCCCCGUCACUCACGACAUGUGUCUAGCGUGGAGUCCCCGGGGCUCACACCGCAUGGCCAGACACUGCUCAUGGGCUAUGCGCAGAUCAGCGCAUCCUUUACUGUGGAUGGCUCAUUGAUUCAACAAUCUUACUUUGAAGAAGUGAAGCGGAAAGGCGUCGUCGGGGGAGUGGGAGGCGGGGCCGGUUUGCCGAGUGGAAAGCCAGCGGCAAGUGAAGAGAGAGGUCGUAAAGGCGGCGGCUUCUGGGGCGCUUUCAAAUGGAAUACCAUUGAGGAGUCUUUGAGUGGCCUUCUCUCAAAUAAUGAACUGGACGGUCUACGGGACAUGCGAGGCGUCUCCUCCUCCCGAUCGAUACCCCUGCUGUCGACUACGCAGUCACUCCUCUUCGUGGACUUGCGAUUGGCGCCUGGGGAGGAGCAGUCCUAUUCGUUCUCCUUCACUCUUCCAAGUGGACUACCAGCCAGCCAUAAGGGUAAAGCGAUCAAGAUUUCUUACAAUCUGGUUAUCGGCACGCAAAGGCCGAGUAGUCGUAAUGAGCCUCAGCGGGUGAAUCGCAUCAGCAUCCCCUUUCGUGUGUUUAGUGGGGUGAAUGGUCAAGGGGAUAUCAUGGGCCAUGAUUUGAUGAGCCCAUAUGUGCUGCUUCGAGACGAGGCCAGGGUGCAGAAAGUGGGAACAAGCCCGGCCCCGAUAGCGAAAUCCAAAAGUAUUAGCGGGCCUACUUGGACGUCGGCUCCAGAGUUCUUGUCAUACGUGGAUGAUAUUCUUGAACAAGCUUCACGUAACAACUCGCUGCACCCACCCGAGGCUCCCUCGGAGAAACGAGCAAGCCACGAUUCAACCCCCGGCCGACUAUCCUGCAAGGAUGCCAUUGAUCUGGCCAUCCUUCGCAGCAAUCAAACGCUGAACUCCUCCCGCAGCCCCAACCGGUUCGAGAUCGCGCGGGAUGGACGCCGAAUUGCUGUUGUUGUGCUCAAUCGGCCAGCUCACCGACUAGGCGAGACGAUUAUAGCUACCGUCAAUUUCGCGGAUGCUGCACUUCCUUGCUACGCUCUGCGAGCCUCUUUGGAGAGCUCCGAACGAGUUGCCCCGGCUUUAGCGAUCCGAUCAAAUGCGAGCAUCCGUCGUGCGACUCGCAAGGUUCAUGGUUCCUACUUUGAAAACACGCUCUACGCGACCCGCGUGGUCUUCAGUCCAGCAAUCCCCGUCUCUGCGACACCCACGAUCCUGACCACUGGUGUUAACCAUGAAUGGGAACUGCGGUUUGAGUUUGUCACCAGCAAUGCGCAUGACGGGUCAGCUCCGUCGGGUGCGCGUUUGUUGGAGGUCGUGUCACAAGACGAUCGCGGACGGAUCAUGUCUGCCUUGGAAAAUCUGGGGUGCGAAUCAUUUGAGAUCGCAAUUCCGAUUACGAUUUAUGGAGAGACAGUCCGGGAGCGACUACCAGAGGAAAAUGAAGGAUACGCUAUCUAAGAUAAGCUUCCAAAGAGGUGUAUCCAUCAAACUACAACUACAAGCAAGACAUGACAUGAGAAAUUUCUUGAAUGCAUGACGUCGGACCGAGCGUGAGACACAGCCAGACCUUGGCUGCACUAGGCCGUAACGACCUAAACGACGUAAUGGGUGAGAGUCGAGUAAGUAGUCUAGUCUAGUUUUCUAGCAUGCCAACCCAGCCAAACCCAGCCAGCACUGCAGCAAUAAAAGGGCGAUUUCCUUGCGGCCCG